GAGUUUCCUUAGUCCAAUAAUUCAUAGUGUCAGAUUUUAGCUUCGAAUCGCCCAUUCUUAACAGAUCGCUACCAGGGCUUUAUUCAGGAUUCGCGGGGCUGAGUCGACAAGUCAUGGUCAGCUCGGCGAAUCCUUCGUUGCCGCGACGCUAGCGGACUCUCCUUCAAAUUGACAUCGUGGCACGUAGCUGCUGAGACUAUUUGUUUGACAAUAGACCUUGGCUGACAAGAGAUGACUAUCUCUCUAUUCUCUUCCUAGGAACCAAGAUGACAACUUCGACUGCUAAAGACGGUUGUGCACUGCAAGCGUGUAGCAAUUGCAGAGUGCGGAAGAAGAAGUGCGACAAGGUCUUUCCGAGUUGCACAACUUGUCGGAAGAAAUUCAUAAACUGUAAUUAUGAAGAGAAUCGUUCUCAGCACGAGAUACGCACGCUUCGCUCACAACUGGAGUCUCUAUCAAACGGAUUGACCGUCGCUGGCGGGCCUUCACUCAUUCCGUUAUCCUUGGACUCCACCACACAGCAUUAUCCAAUUCCAUCUCAAUGGUAUAUGCCAUUCUUGGUCAACCACUAUUACGACCUCUGCUUCCCGAGGUCUCUUAGAACCAACUUCAAUCACGCCCCGGAAUACUCAAGGAAUCAAUGGAUGCAAGCCUCCUUCCAAGACCCAUGCAUGUUCCACGCAAUUCUUUUUGCUGCAUCAUCACAUCUGGAGGUGGUUCGAGGAGAAAAUGGCAAUCCCGUAACUCAUUAUCAUCGGCGACAGGCGAUAAAGCUCCUCUUGGAAAAUAUUUCAGCCUCUCGAACUGUAUCCGACACUUCAAUAGCUACGGCAAUGUAUUUAUGGCAUUAUGAGAGCAUGAAUAGCCACCUAGAUGAAGCAAGGAUCCAUAAACAAGGCUUACUACAAAUGAUAAAUGCAAAUGGAGGCCUAAGAAAGCUUGGUUUUGAUGGGUUCUUAUCACAUAUGAUUACACUGAUCGGCUUUGGCGACGCCAUUUUGAGUGCCUCGAAACCAGUCUUUGGAACCGUAGACGGAUAUGAAGUUCCCGAGGCACCAAUUACCCUUCUAUCAGCUAUCUUGCAACGUCCGGAGAAAGUAUUACAUUCCAGUGGGCUCAAUGGGUCGUUAUUAUCCCUGCUUCAUGAGGUUCAUGAUAAUUUACUUACUUUCGGUCCACAAAACAUACCAGGAGACUACUGGGAGAUGCCUUUAUAUAUAACAGAUAAGUACCUGGAUGGAGAUUUUGACGAAGAUGGCCCUUUCUAUGCUGCAUGUUGGCACGCCGCGAGUAUCUACCUAAAUUCUCUUAAGCGUGGUAUACCUUUCUCAUCCGACGAGAACCAGAUAUUCGUGGAAAAGUUACGAUCCUGUAUCAUGGUCUUUCCCAAAGACAAUGACAGGGAGCUGGAUAGAGAGAUUUACGUAUGGCUAUGUUUUACGGGCGCCGCUGUUGCUAACAGAGACAAGACAUGGUUUCUUGCAAAGGUCGGUCCCACAGUUAUGUCGCUAAGUCAAAAACAGCUGGGUGAUUUUAAGAGAGGUGUUAUACAAUUUGCUUAUAUUGUCCAAAAACUGGAAAGCAGCAGACAGGUAUGGUGA